CCUCCAUUUUCACCGUGACCGCCGCUUCCACCGAGGGUUUUACAGAAGAAGCCGACUCGCAACCUGCCUGUCUUCGAAUCGAAGCUGAGAUGGCGAGAAUGGUCAGGAGAAUGGCUGCUUUCACAGUGGCUUCUGCUUCGAGUUUGGUUCAGAGUACUCACCAUCGUCUGGGGAGAUGUACUACUCUUAACACUUUCUCAGAUUGUUCCUCUGUUUUAAGUUUUCGGAGACUGGCUUCUUCUGGUGUUGGAGACUACAGAGAGAUUGAGAUUUGGGUUUCAUGGUUGUAAUGCCGAGGAUGCUGUGGCUUUGUUCGACCAGAUGGUUCGGUCUCGCCCCUUUCCCUCAAUCGUUGAUUUUAAUAAAUUGCUGACUGCAAUCACCAAAAUGAAACGGUAUGAUGUUGUGAUUUCUCUCUGCAAGAGAAUGGAAUUGCUCGGGGUUUCACAUAAUGACUACACUUUGAGUAUUCUCAUCAACUGUUUCUGCCGCUCAGGACGAACGGUUUUGGGCCUUUCGGUUUUUGGGAGAAUCAUGAAACUGGGUUACGAGCCUCAUUUGAUCACGUUCAAUACCCUGAUCAAUGGAUUCUGUAUCCAAGGAAAGCUUUCUACGGCAUUAAUUUUGGUUGACCAAAUAGUCAAAGACGGAUACAAACCUAAUGUUGUGACAUACAACACUCUGGUCAACAGAUUUUGUCGAGAGGGUAGAGUUUCUGAAGCUGUCAGUUUAGUUGAUCGGAUGUUAAAGAUGGAUUGUAAACCCAAUGUAGUUACUUAUAACACUAUUGUCAAUGGGGUUUGUAAGUCAAGGGAUUAUGCUUUGGCAUUGAAUAUGCUCACAAUGAUGGAGGAAAGGAACAUUGAGGUCAAUGUCAUCAUGUAUAAUACGAUCAUUGAUGGUCUUUGCAAAGGUGGACACAUAGAUGAUGCGUUGAACCUUUUCCAAAAGAUGGAUAACAAAGGGGUUGUACCAAAUGUUGUCACCUACAGUUGUUUGAUAAACGGUCUUUGCGUUUUUGAUAGAUGGAACGAUGUUGUCCGAUUGUUGAAUGAUAUGGUCAAAAGAAAAAUCACCCCAGAUGUUAUCACUUUCAGUUGUUUAAUCAAUGCAUUCCUUAGAGAGGAGAAGUUUAUUGAGGCUAAAGAAUUAUACGAAGAGAUGAUCCGAAGAGGUUUAGUUCCGGAUACUAUUACUUAUACUUUACUGAUUGAUGGGUUUUGCAUGCAGAAUCGUCUUGACGAGGCAAAACAGAUGUUCGAUUCUAUGAUCGACAAAGGAUGCUUUCCUAAUGCAGUCACUUUUAGUUGUCUGAUAAAUGGUUAUUGCAAGUCUAAUAAGGUGGAUGAGGGUAUGAAGCUCUUUCACGAGAUGUCUCGAAGAGGAAUGGUCAGUAAUACAUAUACUUACAACACGCUCAUACAAGGGUUUUUCCGAGUGGGCAAUGCCAAGGUCGCCCAGAAACUCGUCUUAGAGAUGCAGAGACAAAGUGUGGAUCCUGAUGUUGUAACUUACACGGUAAUGCUUGAUGGUCUUUGUAAGAAUGGAAAACUAGACGAGGCGCUUGAACUGUAUUGCAAGUUGGAAACGAGUGGGAUUGAUAUCGAUAUAUUUGUCCAUAAUGUUAUGAUAAAUGGUUUGUGGAAGGCUGACAGGGUUGAUGAGGCACUUCGAUUGUUUAAUAAGCUUUCCGUUAAAGGGGUUGAACCGGAUGUAAAGACGUACAAUACAAUGAUUACUGGAUUUUGUGGAAAACAUAUACUCAAUGAAGCCAUCAAGCUGUUUAAACAUAUGAAAGAGGUUGGUUGUAUGCCGGAUGACUAUACGUAUAAUCUAUUGAUCCGAGGUCAUCUCGAAAGUGGCGAUGUAGUAACAGUUAUCGAGUUAAUGCGAGAAAUGCGAAGCUGCGGUUUUUCUUCAGAUGUUUCAACCUUGGAAAUGAUUGUUAAUAUGUUAUCGGAUGGGGGAUUGGAAAAAAGUUUUUUGGAUCUUCUUUCUCAGUGAGCUGUAACGCGGAGCUUGCUUUCAGUCAUGGUAGUCGUAUGACAAAGAGGGCACAUUAAACACAGGAGUUCUUGUUUAUUUCAGAAAGCCAACACAUAAUUGGUCAGAAAUUGCUGCAGGUGAAUGAGAAGAUUGUGAGAUGCUGGACGCGUUGAGUUCUUGAUAAAGGUUUCUCAAUGUGUGAAGUGGAGAGUUGGCUUCAUAAAGGCAUAUGGAGAAAUUGUCACAGCUGCUUUUCCAAUAGGCUUGGAAAUUGGUAAUAUCCCAUCCUUUGUAAAUGAUUUAUGAUCUGAGAAGCACUUUAAUGAGUGUUGGAGAAAUACAUAUUUAUAACUUGGUUGUCGUUGCAUUGGCAUUCUCUAUCUUCCACGCAUUUGUUUCUUUGUGUUACCUCCUGACACAAUGAGAUCUGAUCUAAGGGUUCCAAAGGAAACUUACAUCAGCGUUCGUGAUGAGAACGUCUUUCCCAAUCUUAGUGUUCUUAUAGAUGAUACAGUUCCUGCAAAAAAAAUAAAGAACAGAGAUAAGAGAAGAUUCUAUAUGACAGCAAUGUUUGGUAGAGAAUACAGUAGAGCUUUACCUGAUUUUGGUGUCCGGACGGAGGCAUAUGGGAACCUCUCAGUGAGCCAAAAGGGAAACGAUUUCGACUUCUGUUUGGUGGAAAUCAGCUCCCAUCAUCAUUGUAUCCUGAAGAAAACCUUACACAAUUCUCUCUCUCUCUCUCGUAGGUUUCUGUCAGUGAGGGAUUUUUACCUGAAGCUCGACUCCCAGACUUUGAACGUGAACAGUGCGCUCCCACGAUAGAAUGUUGAACGCUACAUUCUCUCAGGAAGCAGCCGCGUGAAACUAUCGAAUCCAGUAUCUGUACUUGCACCCCAAAAAAAACAAGUUAUGCAGAUCAACAGUUCAGAAUGCAAAGUAUGGGAAUCAAGAAGCAUCGGCAGCCCGGUGUAUAGAGCAUCUCGGGAUACAGGGAAGGGUCCCACCACAACCACAAGGGUGUUGUGCUCCUUGGGGGAUUAUUUCAGAACCAAAGUCGUUUGAUGCUUUCAGCAAAACUUGUGUUCUAAACACGUAGACUCCCAUCGAAGCAA